AGCCCUUUGAUUUUUUUUGGCAUGCUUAUGAAUUUGCUUUUCUUUUUAAAAAUCCCCCUUAUAGAUUUGUAUAGAUUUGGUUGAAGUCACAGAUGCCAUAUUCUUCAUCUUUAUAAUGCCAGUUUUCUUUCCAGGUAGAAGGACAAGAAACUAAUGAGCCAAUGCCAUAGAAACGCAAAGGGUUAAAGGUUUUUCUUUUACUUUUGUUUUGGGUACGCUUUCUUUACUUUGAACAAAUGUGUUUUUCUGCUCAAAAUACUUUCAAAUUAUUGAAAGUUUUCAUUCCAAGUCUUAGAUUUUUAGGAUUGUUACUUUUGAGAAACUGUUUCCACAUUAGAGCUCCCCUCAUAUUGCUCUAAAUAUAGUUUAGUAAAUGCACCUACUUUGCUCUAAGCAUACUUAAAGUUAAAACAAAAGUAUGUAUACAAAGACUUUGAUAUUUUUAAUAGUUGGAGUCUGUUUUGCUAAUUUUAGUGUGCAGGUCAGCACAAGGGGCAUAGUGAGCCUGAUGGAAGCUUUCCUCAGGUGAGUGAGUUUCAAGAUCAAAGUUAGGUGCCUGUUUCUUAAAAUUAGAUUCUGCUGCAGGUUUACAAAUUAGACUUUCAGCCUGCAUGAAUUAGUAGGGAUAUUCUUUUUUUUACUUGCAUAAUUGUAAUUGAUUUAAACAUGUAUGUCAGAAUUCACAGGCCCAUACUAACUGUCCUUAAUUUCUUUCCUACAGCAGUACUGCUAUAUGCCAGUCCUGUCUGCAUUCUUAAGGGUGCAGUUCAACACAUCCUCUCUAGAUUAUGGUGAAAAAGUAUUCCAAAGGAAGUCUUAUCAGAGAUAGUGUCAGAAAGAAUGACACUACCAAUUGGGCAUGAUCUUCAGCAUAGGAAAUGUCUUAGACCUUUAUUAGUUUUUCCUAAAUUGUGAUGCUAUACUACUUGUAUAGCUAAUUAUCACAUUUCUAAAACGUAGUGUGCCUCUGUGAAUCUUGUUAUAUAUUGUUUGGGCUUCUUUAAGAUAUUUUGAAGUUUGAAAAGCAAAUACUGAAACUUUAACCAAGAGACUAACACAUCUCUUUGUACACCACUUUUUUUCUGUAUGCAUCAUAAUAACUGGUAGAAGUAAUAUAUUUCAAGUAAUAUGUUUCCAGUUAUUUAUACUUUCUGAGAAAAUAAAAAUAUGUUUCUGGGUCAACAAAAAGUAAAAAUCAUGAAGCCCUUUUUAGUAACAUGACAUCAGAAUAAGAUUAGAGGUAUAUUUUUAAAAAUCAGAUUUUCUAAACUAUAACUGUUUUAGAACAUUGUAUGAAGAACUUAUCUAGUCAUAGUUACUUGUAGUCAGGAUUUUAACAGCUUGCAACAGGUAAUGUUUUGAAUAUAAAUAUCUUUCCAAAGUGUUACUAAUGGUAAAGAGAUAAUUUUCUAGGCUUCUAUUCUGCUGCUUGAAGUCAGAACUGCUGAUGGAGACAAAGGCACGAAAGUGAGGGAAGACCCCUGAUCCUAAAAUGAAUGCUAGGACUUACAUGGAUGUAAUGCGAGAACAACAUUUAACUAAAGAAGAGAGAGAAAUUAGGCAACAGCUAGCAGAAAAAGCUAAAGCUGGAGAACUAAAAGUCGUCAAUGGAGCAGCAGCAUCCCAGCCUCCCUCAAAACGAAAACGGCGUUGGGAUCAAACAGCUGAUCAGACUCCUGGUGCCACUCCAAAAAAGCUAUCAAGUUGGGAUCAAGCAGAGACCCCUGGACAUACCCCUUCCUUAAGAUGGGAUGAGACACCAGGUCGUGCAAAAGGAAGUGAGACUCCUGGAGCCACCCCAGGCUCAAAAAUAUGGGAUCCUACACCUAGUCACACACCUGCGGGCGCUGCUACCCCUGGACGGGGCGAUACACCAGGCCACGCGACACCAGGCCAUGGAGGUGCAACUUCCAGUGCUCGUAAAAACAGAUGGGAUGAGACCCCCAAAACAGAAAGAGAUACUCCUGGACAUGGAAGUGGAUGGGCUGAGACUCCUCGAACAGAUCGAGGUGGAGAUUCCAUUGGUGAAACACCAACUCCUGGAGCCAGUAAAAGAAAGUCACGUUGGGAUGAAACACCAGCUAGUCAGAUGGGUGGAAGCACUCCUGUUCUGACCCCUGGAAAGACACCAAUUGGCACGCCAGCCAUGAACAUGGCUACCCCUACUCCAGGUCACAUAAUGAGUAUGACUCCUGAACAGCUUCAGGCUUGGCGGUGGGAGAGAGAAAUUGAUGAGAGAAAUCGCCCAUUGUCUGAUGAAGAAUUAGAUGCUAUGUUCCCAGAAGGAUAUAAGGUACUUCCCCCUCCAGCUGGAUAUGUUCCUAUUCGAACUCCAGCUCGAAAGCUGACAGCAACUCCAACACCUUUGGGUGGUAUGACAGGUUUCCACAUGCAAACUGAAGAUAGAACUAUGAAAAGUGUUAAUGACCAACCAUCUGGAAAUCUUCCAUUUUUAAAACCUGAUGAUAUUCAGUACUUUGAUAAACUUUUGGUUGAUGUUGAUGAAUCAACACUUAGUCCGGAAGAGCAAAAAGAGAGAAAAAUAAUGAAGUUGCUUUUAAAAAUUAAGAAUGGAACACCUCCAAUGAGAAAAGCUGCAUUGCGUCAGAUUACUGAUAAAGCUCGUGAAUUUGGAGCUGGUCCUUUGUUUAAUCAAAUUCUUCCUCUGCUGAUGUCGCCUACACUUGAGGAUCAAGAGCGUCAUUUACUUGUAAAAGUUAUUGAUAGAAUAUUAUACAAACUUGAUGACUUAGUUCGACCAUAUGUGCACAAGAUCCUGGUGGUCAUUGAACCAUUGUUGAUUGAUGAGGAUUACUAUGCUAGAGUGGAAGGCCGAGAGAUUAUUUCUAAUUUGGCAAAGGCUGCUGGUCUGGCUACUAUGAUCUCUACCAUGAGACCUGAUAUAGAUAACAUGGAUGAGUAUGUCCGUAACACAACAGCUAGAGCUUUUGCUGUUGUAGCCUCUGCCCUGGGCAUUCCUUCAUUAUUGCCUUUCUUAAAAGCUGUGUGCAAAAGCAAGAAGUCCUGGCAAGCAAGACACACUGGUAUAAAAAUUGUACAGCAAAUAGCUAUUCUCAUGGGCUGUGCCAUCUUGCCACAUCUCAGAAGUUUAGUUGAAAUCAUUGAACAUGGUCUUGUGGAUGAGCAGCAGAAAGUUCGGACCAUUAGUGCUUUGGCCAUUGCUGCCUUGGCUGAAGCAGCAACUCCUUAUGGUAUCGAAUCUUUUGAUUCUGUGUUAAAGCCUCUAUGGAAGGGUAUCCGCCAACACAGAGGAAAGGGCCUGGCCGCUUUCUUAAAGGCUAUUGGGUAUCUUAUUCCUCUCAUGGAUGCAGAAUAUGCCAACUACUAUACUAGAGAAGUGAUGUUAAUUCUUAUUCGAGAAUUCCAAUCUCCUGAUGAAGAAAUGAAGAAAAUUGUGCUGAAGGUGGUAAAGCAGUGUUGUGGAACAGAUGGUGUAGAAGCAAACUACAUUAAAACAGAGAUCCUUCCUCCUUUUUUUAAACACUUCUGGCAACACAGAAUGGCUUUGGAUAGAAGAAAUUACCGGCAGUUAGUUGAUACUACUGUGGAGUUGGCAAACAAAGUAGGUGCAGCAGAAAUUAUAUCCAGGAUUGUGGAUGAUCUGAAAGAUGAAGCUGAACAGUACAGAAAAAUGGUGAUGGAGACAAUUGAGAAAAUUAUGGGCAACUUGGGAGCAGCAGACAUUGAUCAUAAACUUGAAGAACAACUGAUUGAUGGUAUUCUUUAUGCUUUUCAAGAACAGACUACAGAGGACUCAGUAAUGUUGAACGGCUUUGGCACAGUGGUCAAUGCUCUUGGCAAACGAGUCAAACCGUACUUGCCUCAGAUCUGCGGUACAGUUUUGUGGCGUUUAAAUAACAAAUCAGCAAAAGUUAGGCAACAGGCAGCUGACUUGAUCUCUCGAACGGCUGUUGUCAUGAAGACUUGUCAAGAGGAAAAAUUGAUGGGGCACUUGGGUGUUGUUUUGUAUGAGUAUUUGGGCGAAGAGUACCCUGAAGUAUUGGGCAGCAUUCUUGGAGCACUGAAGGCCAUUGUAAAUGUAAUAGGUAUGCAUAAGAUGACUCCACCAAUUAAAGAUCUGCUGCCUAGACUCACCCCCAUCUUAAAGAAUAGGCAUGAAAAAGUACAAGAGAAUUGUAUUGAUCUUGUUGGACGUAUUGCUGAUAGGGGAGCUGAAUAUGUGUCUGCAAGAGAAUGGAUGAGGAUUUGCUUUGAGCUUUUAGAGCUCUUAAAAGCUCACAAAAAAGCUAUUCGUAGAGCCACAGUCAACACAUUUGGUUAUAUUGCAAAGGCCAUUGGCCCUCAUGAUGUAUUGGCUACACUUUUAAACAACCUCAAAGUUCAGGAAAGGCAGAACAGAGUUUGUACCACUGUAGCAAUAGCUAUUGUCGCUGAAACAUGUUCACCCUUCACAGUACUACCUGCCUUAAUGAAUGAAUACAGAGUUCCUGAACUGAAUGUUCAAAAUGGAGUGUUAAAAUCACUUUCCUUCUUGUUUGAAUAUAUUGGUGAGAUGGGAAAGGACUACAUUUAUGCUGUAACACCACUCCUUGAAGAUGCUUUAAUGGAUAGGGACCUUGUACACAGACAGACGGCUAGUGCAGUGGUGCAACACAUGUCACUUGGGGUUUAUGGAUUUGGUUGUGAAGAUUCACUGAAUCACUUGUUGAACUAUGUAUGGCCCAAUGUGUUUGAGACAUCUCCCCAUGUAAUUCAGGCAGUUAUGGGGGCCCUGGAGGGUCUGCGAGUUGCUAUUGGACCAUGUAGAAUGCUGCAGUAUUGUUUACAGGGUUUGUUUCACCCAGCCCGGAAAGUCAGAGAUGUGUAUUGGAAAAUUUACAACUCCAUCUACAUUGGUUCACAGGAUGCUCUCAUAGCACAUUAUCCAAGAAUCUACAAUGAUGAUAAGAACACCUAUAUUCGUUAUGAACUUGACUAUAUCUUGUAACUUUAUUGUUUAUUUUGUGUUUAAUGCACAGCUGUUUCACACCUUAAACUUGCUUCGAUUUGGUGAUGUAAACUUUUAAACAUUGCAGAUCAGCAUAGAACUGGUCAUAGAGGAAGAGCUAGAAAUCCAGUAGCAUGAUUUUUAAAUAACCUGUCUUUGUUUUUGAUGUUAAACAGUAAACGCCAGUAGUGACCAAGAACACAGUGAUUGCACACACUAUUCUGGAGGGCUUUCAUUUUUAAUUCAUCUUUAUGAAGAUUUAGAAUUCAUUCCUUGUGUUUAAAGGGAAUGUUUAAUUGAGAAAUAAACAUUUGUGUACAAAAUGCUAA